CUUUCUGCUUACCAAAGCGCACUGAGUUCCGCUCAGUCUCGCCAAUCGUGUUGCGCUGUGGUUCAGCACCAUUGCAGUGUGGAGAGAUCAUACGGAGGUGUAGCUCGCGGAGAGAGGGAUCAUUUGAAGGAAAGAUACUCGACCUGGGUGACCGCUCUGGGCAAACACGACCCCUAGCUACUUCACUGAUACAGUCACCGCGUGACAUUGCCAUUAGCAGCUUCAGUGCGGGUGACCCUCAGUGAUAGACAGAUGUGUGACACUGUGGAGAAUCAUUUGCCUCUCCCAGUGGAGAUCUGAGUUCUGGGACACUGAGGCAGCCGCGGGGGGGGUCUCUGAGGAAGAUGCUUGGUUCAGAGCGCGGUGUUGUUGAAGAAUGGCUCUCAGAAUUCAAGUCCUUACCAGAAACCCACAUCCCCAACUACGCCGGCAGCCUUCAUCUGAAGAAGUCCCUGGUGCAAGCACUCUACAGAGUCAUCCAGGACCCCAACAAUGAGCUGCUGGAGCCUGUGUGCCACCAACUCUUUGAGCUGUAUCGUAGCUCUGAUGACCGCCUGCGCCGCUUCACCCUGCAGUUCCUGCCUGAGCUGGUGUGGGUAUAUCUGCGCAUCACAGCCAGCAGGGAUCGUCAGAGCAACGGGUGCAUCGAGGCCCUCCUCCUGGGCAUCUAUAACCUGGAGAUCGUGGACAAAGACGGCAACAGCAAGCUCCUCUCCUUCACAAUCCCAUCUCUGUCCAAGCCAUCGAUAUAUCAUGAGCCCUCUAGCCUGGGGUCCAUGGCACUGACAGAGGGGGCCCUCUGUCAACAUGACCUGAUCAGAGUGGUGUACAGCGGCCUGCACCCACAGAGAGAGACCUUCACAGCUCAGAACAGGUUUGAAGUGCUGUGUUUCCUCAUGCUCUGCUACAACUCUGCCGUGGUGUACAUGCCCCUAUCUUCCUAUCAGUCAGUAUGCAGAAUGAGCUCACGGCUGUGCGUAUGUGGCUUCCCCCGGCAGCAGCAGAAGCUUUGGAGGGAACCUUGCAACCGUGUGCUGUUGGACCCCGAGUUCAUGGUGCAGAUGCUGACUGCAGUUUAUCACGCCAUAUACAAUGGGGAGUGGGAGAUGGGGCAGGAAGCCCUGGAGGACAUUCUGUACAGAGCCCAGCUGGAGCUUUACUCCCAGCCUCUCUUGCUGGGGAACGCCAUGAAGAACUCGCUGCCAGACAGGGCUCCCGAUGAGCCGCAGGGGCGCAAGGUGCUCCAGGUGGAGGUGACACCCACCAUUAGCCGCAUUUCUAUCUCCGCCAUCACCACCGCCUCCAUACGACGCCACCGCUGGAAGAGAGAGGAUUGUUUUGACUACUCAACCGGUGCAGACUUGAGCCUCAUCGUCAAUCCUCCUAGCCUCGCCCAGCACCACCACACUCCCUGGGACCCCGCAGCCAAAGAGGAGAGCGAAGGGCGGCCUCACAGCCACCGCAGCAGCAGCAGCAGCAGCAGCAUCAUCCCCCCCAUCACAUUUGAGGAUGCUGAUGGUAUGAGCGGCGGGGAAGAUUCCUUCAAUGUCAACGACCCAGACGAGGGUUUCUCCUCCGGGGCGUCUAACAGCAGCCAGCCCAGCGGCACCAAGCCAGGCGGCAGUGUGGGGCCGCGGGGCGGCAGCCUGAACAGCAGCAGCAGCAGCAUCAAGAAAGCCAUCACGGCCCGGCUGUCUCGGGACAAAGAGAGAGAGCGGGAGAAGGAACGGGAGAGGGAGAGGGAGCGGGAGCGGGAAGCAGAGAAAAAGGCAGAUUUGUUAGCGGAUCACCAGGCUGUUGUGAGGAGGCAACACCAGAGGCACCAAUCGCCUCCAGCCAGCAUCACACUGGAUGCCAUCCAGCUGAGCCCCAUAAAGAAGCACCUGAGCUUCCCUGUGGGGCCCAUGCUGGUGCGGACUGGCAGCACCUCCUCCAGCAAGUCCUUUGACUGCAUGAAUUUCAACCUGAAUGGAGGCGAUGAUGAGCGAGAGAAGGCGGCAGGGGGCUCUGACAAGGAAGGAGGGCUUCCAGCAGGCGGCUCCCGCCGCUACUCCACCAUUAGCCUGAAGGAGGAGCACCUCAUCAGGCCAGAGGACGCCCAGGACCUCCUGUCUCCUGGAGCUCCUCUCACCAAGCAGUCCCGCUCCCCCAGCUUCAACAUGCAGAUCAUAUCACAGGUCUGACUACAGUGCAGGGCAUGGGACACACACACACA